AUGUUCAGCCGUAUUGCCUCCCGCACCGCCAACUCUCUUCGCUCUCGCGCUACCACCCAAGGAGUUCGUUCUAUUUCGACUGCUGCUUCUGCUGCCAAGACCAACUCCUCCUCUGCCUUCGUCAUGGGAACUGGACUCAUGAUGGCUGCUGGUGCCGCCGCAUGGAACAAUAAGGCUUCCUGUGAAGAAGCCCUUCCAGUCUGGGGAAAGGCAGGAACAAACCAAGAGCGCACAUUCCUUGCCGUCAAGCCCGAUGGCGUCCAACGUGCAUUGGUUGGUGAUAUCAUCGCCCGUUUCGAAAAGCGUGGAUACAAGCUUGUCGGACUUAAGAUGGUCUGGCCCACUAAGGAAAUGGCCGAAGCUCAUUACGCUGACUUGUCUAAGAAGCCCUUUUUUGGUGGUCUUACUUCCUUCUUCAGCAGUGGACCCAUUGUCUGUAUGUGCUGGGAAGGUAAGGACAUUAUCAAGCAAGGCCGCCAAAUGCUUGGUGAGACCCAACCACUUGCUUCCAAGCCAGGAAGCAUCCGUGGAGACUUCUCCAUCGAUCUUGGAAGAAACAUUUGUCACGGAUCUGACUCUCCAGAGAGCGCCGCACACGAAUUGAAGAUGUGGUUCCCUGAGGGCGUCAACGACUGGGGAAAGACUGUUGACUCUUGGGUUUACGAAUAA